AUUGGGACAGAACUAGAUGUAGGCACUGCCACACGAAACAACAACGCCAUGCAAAUUUACGUAUGCGCAUUUCUCUCUGUUUGUUUGUGUGUGCAUAUAUUACGGAGAGAACGAAAAAGCAGAGAACCGAUUUGCUCCAUAAAGUGGAUGACUUUUCACUAUUGCUUUUAUGAUUGCGCACUUGCAGAAACUCUGUAGUCCUGUGAAGCAUAUGGUCAGAGGCGAGAACGCGGGAGAGGGAAAUGAGUAGAAUAAACAUGAGGUGAAUUGAUAAAUGGGAUGGGUCCCUGUGCGUACGUGUGCGUGCUUGCGCGCGCACGUGUGUGUGAAAAUCCGGUUCACGUUUUGUACUGCGCCUGCAGGGCGGGAUCGGACACAUUCAGACUGUUAAUGCCACUAACUCGGACCACAGAGUCUAACGGAGAGUUAAUGUUAACCACAACUCGAAUAAAUGCUACUUUAAACAGGACGCGUUCACUGUGUCGGUGUGACAAUCUGUUUUCCACACUGGCUGCCCUUCAGAUCCUGAACUGAGACACCUGGGGAACUUGGCGACAGAGACAGUGUUUGCUGUGAAGUGAGUCUACUAUGGAGGAGGAAACUCUCUUGGAUUUGGGUCAUCUGACUGAAGCGGAACAAACCAUAAUUUUAAAUGUGUUGUUGAGGGAUAAUGAAUUGCGCAACCAUGAGGAGGGCCGGAUCAGCAAACUCAAACAAGUGGAGUCAGACCCCGUGCGCCUUCACUUCCUCACGGGUGCGUGGUUCAAUGAGCAGCGAGCCAAGCGCUAUCAGAAUCAAGGGACCGAUGUUGUUCAAACCUCUAUACGCCGCAAAAGGAGGGAUAAAGAUUUGCCUGUGAUGUCGGUGUUUAAAGAACAGAAAUCUCAGAGGCAGGAAGAGACCACAGAAGUGAACACAGUAGACCUGGAAGAUGGAGAAAUUAUAGAAAAAGAAACAAAUAUAGAGGACAAGAAAAAAGAAAGUCUCAACCUUAGUGUGGCCCCUGAACCACGACCAAGGACCAAACGAAGCGCAAAGAUGAAUAUUCAACAAAGAGAUGACAUUUCAGAAGUUGAGUCAAGGGAAAUUACUGAAGGAAGUGUUACAGAUACAGAGGCUUUAGAGGACAGAUCACUGCAGAACACAACAUCGUCGCUACAGGCUGAUUCUGAUGGCGAUAUUGAUUCUGGCAGCACUGAACUGGACUACACCAGAUUUGGCUCAGUUAACAACUUGUACUCUAAUCAUACGAUGAGUGGCAGCAUGAUGAGCCUGUACAGUGUUGGGGAUUUUGGAAGUGUUAAUGUGAGUGGCCAGAUCCAGUUCUCUCUGCAGUAUGACUCUAGGAAAGAGGAGCUUCAUGUGCGAGUGUGUCGAUGUCAGGACCUGGCUCCAGCGCGUAAAAACCGCUCUGACCCGUAUGUGAAAUUAUACCUCCUUCCAGAUAACACAUCUCACAGUAAAAGGAAAACUUCAGUAAAGAGGAAAACCUUAAAUCCUGUAUAUGAUGAAACAGUCAAGUAUAAAGUACGUAAAUCGGACCUGCUGGCUCGUGUCCUCAGUGUGUCAGUGUGGCAUAUGGAGCGUGUCCGGAGGAACCUGUUCUUGGGGGAGGUGGAGGUGCAGCUCAAUCAGUGUGAUUGGAGCCAGAGUAAACCAGCCUGGUACCCUCUUCAGCCCAGGGUACAAAUGAAUCCUGAAGCUGUCCUCAGCAGGGGAACCAUCUUACUAACACUUAAAUUCAUACCACCUGGCUCUGAAGAAGGAGGGUUCCCUCUCACUGGUGAGCUACAUAUUUGGCUGAAAGAGAUUGUUGGACUCCUUCCCCCAAAACGUGGCACUCCAAAUAUCUCUGUAAAAAGUGUGAUUUUGCCAGAUGAGAGCGGUGUUAGUGGUCAGCAGACACGGGUUGUCCGUGGCUCAGUCAGUCCUGUAUUCAACCACACUAUGGUGUACGAUGGUCUGCAGUCUGUUGACCUCAUACAGGCCUGUGUUGAAAUUACUGUGUGGAACACUUCCAGCUGUCUUGGAGGCGUGCACCUCAGCACAGGCUCAGGUGUGAGUUAUGGUCAGAAGGUUUGUUGGAUGGACUCCACUGAAGAAGAAAUCAGUCUGUGGAAUACAGUAAUCCAGAACCCCAACAACUGGGUGGACAUCUCUCUGCCAGUCAGAACCAACCUACAGCUGUCCUGAGAGUAACAUACCUGGCCUUGUCUAUCUAACAAGAAAGUCCAGUGACUUCCUCCUUUGUUCUUUCACAGAGAAUUAUUUCUUUCUCUCUAUGACAUUCUGCAAGUAACUUCAAUUAUAUAAUAUAAUAUGUUGGUCUGUGCAUUCUUGGUUCCUAUAAGGAAAAAUAUGUAUUUUGCUAUUUAUUAGCAGCAAUAUGUAAAUUUUGAGGACCUCUCUGGACAUCAAUGCUGACCCCUCAGAAAAUCAUAGUGGUUGGGAUUGUGAGUUUUCUGCUCUGUUAAGCCUCCUCUCUGGGUUGUGGUGAGAUGACGUAUGACAUAUGAUAAAUCCAUGUUGGCAUAUGAGUUCAAAAACUGUGUGCAAAAUCAGCUCUGAAAGCUCUGAAUUACUCUUAAGCUUUCCAUAGUUUCAUCAGCAAAGAUAAAAAUAAUAAUUGUGGAAUCUUUAACAAAAUGUCAGUAACUGAAAAUGUCACAUGUCUAUUCAGUGCUAUUUUUUUUCACAGUUUGUUACAUUCCUGCUUUAUUAAAUGUUUUGUAAAUAGUAUAUGAAUUGUAUAGUAUACAUUGGGAGCACCUGGUGUGAAAGAUGUUGCCAUGUCUCAGGAUUACAUGAGGCAUACGUACAGCAUUGCCAACAGCAGUUAGAGCUACAUGAUUAUUUUCUGCAGGAGUCAUGCUUUGAACAGAAGCAAGCAGCCUGGUGUUGUACAACAAGGAAGUAAUAUUGUCCCCUCCUAUUGCCAACUGCACUGGCAAGUUUGGUACUACCAACAUGGGAGUAUUAAAAUAAUUUGUUAAAAAAGAGUUCUUAAGGUUGUAAAAGACAGAAUGGUUUUGUAUCUGUUAAUCAAAUAAAUAGAAAAGUGAUCACAA